GCGGCAGCGGGUUGGGUGGCUGCCCUCGCCGGGGGAGCGGGAAGAUGAGCGGAGGCACGGCCCGUCUCCUGACAGCUCUCUUCGUGGUGGCGGCAAUGGGCUACCCGUCACGACGGUCUGCCACCGACCUGGAUGCCACCCCCAGGACAACGAUCACCUUUGACGAGCUGUCGGGCAUCCGGCACUUCAGCGCGCACACCCUCAACUACAGCACCCUGCUGCUGGAGGACGACCGGGGCAUCCUCUACGUGGGCGCCAGGGGAGCCAUCUUCGCCCUCAACUCCAGUGACGUGGCCGACGGCUCCCACCGCACGAUCCACUGGGAAGCCUCCCCGGAGAAGCAGAUGGACUGCUUGCAGAAGGGCAAAAACAACAAGACCGAGUGCUUCAACCACGUGCGGUUUCUGCAGAGGCUGAACAGCACCCACCUCUACGCCUGCGGGACCUACGCCUUCCACCCACUCUGCGCCGCUAUCGAAGCCGACAGGUUCACGUUGCCGUCCUACUUUGAGGAAGGCAAGGAGAAAUGCCCAUACGACCCUGCCCGCGGCUACACCGGCCUCAUCGUGGACGGCGGCUUGUACACGGCCACGCGCUAUGAGUUUCGGAGCCUCCCCGACAUCCGGAGGAACCUGCACCAGCGGCCGCUGAAGACGGAGGAAUCUCCGCUGCACUGGCUGAAUGAUGCCGAGUUCGUGGCCUCCGUGCUGGUCCAGGAGAGCAAGGACAGCCCCGUGGGCGACGAUGACAAAAUCUACUACUUCUUCACGGAGCGGGCGGGUGAGGAGACCACGUCCUUCUUUGACAAGAGCCAGGUGGCCCGGGUGGCCCGGGUGGCCCGUGUCUGCAAGAGCGACGUGGGGGGGAAGAAGAUCCUGCAGCGCAAAUGGACGUCCUUCAUGAAGGCGCGCCUGGUCUGCUACAUCCCCUACUACGAGGUGCUGCGCAGCAUCUGCAGCCUGGACGGGGGCAGCUGGGCCAGCACUGUCUUCUACGCCGCCUUCACCCUCUCGGCGCAGUGGAGGACCAUGGAGGCCUCGGCCGUGUGCCGCUACAGCAUCUCGGCGGUGCAGCGCGCCUUCGAGGGCCCCUACAUGGAGUACCAGGACUCGGCUCGCAAGUGGUCCCGCUACGACGGUGCGGUGCCUGAGCCCCGGCCCGGCUCCUGCAUCACGGACCGCUCCCGCAGGAAGGGCUACAACUCCUCGCAGGACCUGCCCAACAGCGUCCUGGACUUUGUCAAGCUGCACCCGCUCAUGUUCGAAGAGGUGAAGCCGGCCGGUGGGGAGCCGCUGCUGGUGAAGAAGAGUGUGGCGUACAGCCAGCUGGCAGUGGACAGGGUGCGGGCCCUUGACGGCCACUCCUACGAUGUGCUCUUCAUGGGGACGGGGGACGGCUGGAUCCACAAGGCUGUGGUGGUGGGCUCCGGCAUCCACAUUGUGGAGGAGGUACAGGUGUUCAGGGACCCCCAGCCCGUGGAGAGCCUGGUGAUCUCCCACGCCCAGAGGAGCCUGUACGUGGGGGCAGCCAGUGGGAUCCUGCAGGUGCCCCUGGCCUCCUGCGCCAGGUACGCCUCCUGCUACGACUGCAUCCUCGCCCGGGACCCCUACUGCGCCUGGGACGGCAGGGCCUGCCGCGCCACCUCCCCCGUGUCUUGCAGCACAGGGCUGGUGCAGGACAUUCAGAGCGGCAACGAGGGAUGCCGGAGCAGCUCUGGGCGGGGUGAGUCUGCGCCACCCCUCGAGACCACUGGGGAUGCCAGCAACCGGACGGUGCUGCAGGGGGACGACGUGCUGCUGCCCUGCGACCAGCGCUCCAACCUGGCACGAGCCAUCUGGCUGCUGAACGGCAGCGAGGCGGCGGGCACGGGGCAGGACCGGCUGCGCGUAGGGGUGGACGGGCUGCUGGUGACGGACACGCUGCCCCAGCACAGCGGCGAUUACUGCUGCUACGGGGAGGAGCGGGGUCUCCGGACGCUGCUGGCCGCCUACAGCCUCACCGUGCUGCCCGAGCUGCCCCGUGGCCCCACGGCCACCCCCUGGCCCCACGCCUCCAGCCAGGUGGCCGGUGACAUGAAGGUGGUUUAUGUCUCCGCCAUCGUCGCCUUAGUGGUGCUGUGCGCCGUGCUCAGCACCGUCCUCCUCUACAUGUCCUGCCUGGAGAAGCGCAAGGGCAAGUACGUCCUGGGGGAGCCGCGGCCAGCCAGCGUGGAGCUGCAGACCGUCUCGGCCAACUGCCUGCGCAAGGGCCGCCGGGAGGAGGAGGAGGAGGAGGAAGAGCUCGCCUACCCCGAUGGCUGCCUGCGGAUCAUCCCCGGUGAGGCGCCCACAGCUGCCACCUCCCCGGUCAAGGAGCUGCCAGCUGCGGUGCCCCCGCUGCCGCCACCGCCGCCACUGCCGGCCGAGCUCACCAACGGCGUGGGGGCUCUGCCCAACGUCCUCCGCAAGAUGAACGGCAACAGCUACAUGCUGCUGCAGCAGCAGGAGGAGCCGCUGGCCUCGCCACUCUACAGCGCAUCCUUCACUGAGGAGCUCAGCAAGAUCCUGGAGAAGCGGAAACACACGCAGCUGGUGGAGAAGCUGGACGAGAGCUCCGUGUAGGGGCCGGGAGGGGGUCCUGCCAGCGGGACCCUCCUCCCCUCCGGCCCCUUCUCCCACCCCCUGCCAGCAGUGUUACAAGACUCAGGCAAAACUACCUCCUGGAUGGCAGAGCCGGGCCGGGCCCGGGCUCGGCCGUUCCUUCAGCUUUUCACUCACUUUUGAGACUCGCUGUACAGAAAAAAAGAAAAAGAAUCUAUUUAAAUUUGGGAGCUCUAUUUAUGUAUAAAAACCCACCGAUGGCGGCCAUGAGCCGGAGGCAGGAGCUGGCGCCUGGCUGAAGGUGGACACCGGGGGGAGGGAGAGUUUCUGUCUGUCUGUCCGUCCAGGCGUGAGAGAGAGAUGCUGUUGUGGAUGCGUGGACUCGGCCUGCCCCACUGGGCGUCCCUCGGCGCACGGAAGGCAGACGGCUGCUGAGAGGGUUUCCUCUCCGGGAGAGGACGAUUCAGCGACGGACGGAGCCAGGGCAAGGAGCCCACGUCCCCGAACGGCCUGGAGCAGCUGGUGGAGUGGCACGUGCCCGCUGCGAGGAGGCCCCAGGGUGCUGCAGGGGAAGAGCAGGAUGCAGCAGUAGGCAGCAAGAUGCACUGGCAGCAGGACCGGCAGCCACCGCCGUGCUCUGCAGCGUGGGAAGGGACCAGCGCAGCACCCACAUCCACGUCUGCAGUGCCCCCGCAGCCCUGGGCACCAUGUGUUUCUGCCCUCCUGCGUGGUGCUGUUGAAGAACUGGGGUUCAGGCACAGCCCUGUCCCCCAUGGGACAACACGUCGGAGGAGAAACAUCCUCGCACAGCGAGGAGGAGGAGCCCUGGACAAAGGCCUGCCUCCCUCUGGGGCCUCCUGCUCUUCAUGGCACUUUCCAGGAGCAGCCACUGUCCCUAAAUCCCCCCAACUACCUCUGCUCCUGCCGCCUCGUGGGGGAACUCGAGGGACUGGGGUGACAAAAGCAUCUCACACCCCAGAGACAGGGCGGUGACACCAGAGAAGCCGGGGAGGGACAGGCUCGCUGGGGUGCGUGUCCUCCCCUCUGUGUUCCUUGCUGGCACUUCCAGGAUCAGGGCAAUGCCUGGAGCUCAGCCCUGCAGGGCGGGGAGAAGGGGGGUGGCAGCCCCUGGGGUCCCUAACAGGCUGGAGCCCAGGCCCUCCUGCCCCGGAAGAGCGAGGCUUAGUGGGAAAAGGCAAGAGCCAGACGCCUGGGCUCUCCCAUCCUGCCCCCACCCUUGUUUUUGCUGCAGGGCGGGGCAAGCCACCCCCAAGCACCCCCGCCCCCCCGCAAGGAGGGGCAUCGCCCUCCCUGUCUGGCAUCCCUCGUGCACAGCCCCACAUGCCCCCCGGCAAUAAACGCGGCUCUGUCUGGACGUGGCGU